AUAUAUAUAUAUAUAUAUAUAUAUAUAAAAUACAUAUAUAAGUAGGAAACGUAUAUAUAGUGAUACGUCGUGCGCGCGCGCGUCGCAAACUCGGCUCUGCGACACGAAAAUCGGAAUUCGUAGCUGAAAGCAAAGCUAUGCCUGUUAUAAGAAAGAAAGAGAACGCUCGAGACAGAAGAGGAUAGAUUGAGAAGGAGAGAGAAAGGACAGGAAUAGCUCUACGGCUGCUUUCCGCCGGAGAAUGUACAUAUGUUGUCAAGGUCAUGACCCUGAGUAACGUCUAACAAGUUUUAGCCGUCGCUCGCCCUUCGUUAAAAAGUUAUAAUCAUAAAAAGUUUAUGAAAAUUAAAAGCGAUAACUACACAUAUACUGACAUAUAUUCACAUAUACUCAUAUAUACACAUAAAAAUGAUACAGAGAACGCGUAGGCGGGAGAGGGGUUCCGCCCCUCCCCCUGCACUUCCUCCCUUUAUUUUUUCUAACCUAACCUAACCCUAUUUUAGUACCCUAACCCUAAUGUUGGUAUUAUCGACAUUUACCAUUUUUAGUUCUGCUAAGGUCUGCAGAUGUUGCAUUUAGUUCCACAGAAGGCCGCAGAUGUUGCUGGACCAUUAGAGUCUAGACCGACCUCGAUUGAGUUCGUCGUUCACUUUAGCAUCCCCUUAAUAAUAAUAUUUGUACACAAAAGAGCAUUUUAAUAACUCUUACGUCCAGCCUCAAGGGAAAGGUAGGCUACCUGAGGUACGAGUAAGGCGGGAAGGACGCAACAAAUGCUUAAACUCGUAACCGUACUGAUCGGACGUACUGCACAAGGGCGAACGCACUUUAUUGACUCAGAAAUGGGUCAACGUGUCAAGACACGCUUUAACACCUCUUUAGAAGUCGUGCAAUCGUCGGCCCUGUUUUGAGUCAGAGAGUUGAGUCUCUUUAACUCGGGAUCGGGCCUUGGGUGAUCUUUUUAGCCAGGAGGAAAGGGAAAGAGAUGGGUUUAAGAAAUCAAAGUUCCUUUAAAAUUAAAAGUUAAUAUAUAUUCUUGUAAUUAUUUGGAAAUGGAUACAUUACUUUAUUAGUUAUUAUUAUUAAAAACUUGAACGUUUUUUCGGGAAAUAAUAUAAAAAAAAAUUAUAAAUACUUAACUAGAAAUUAGUGUACAUUAUCAUUAACUAAUACAAAUAGUUAAUGUAAUUAAUAUCGCAAGAGAAGAUGGAACUGAUUUAUUUUAAAAAUGCCGUUGAAAAAUUACAUCAAAUUUAUUUGAGUAUACCUAUUGAUGUUUGUGGAAAUAAUUGUAAAAGAGUGUGUGCAAUGCGGGAGAGGAGCGGUCAUGAUCAUGGUCAAAAGGAAUGUUUACUUCUUCUAAAAAUUCCUCGCUGGACGUGGAAUUCGCGGGUGAAAAAGGCGAAGGCUUCCUCCAAGAAUUCUACGCUAGACGUAGAAUUUGUGGGGGAAGGAGGGGAGCAGAUUUCCUCUACGAGUUCCACGCUGGACGUAGAACUCGAGGGUCCUUGAAAUCUAACGGAAUCGGGGAAUAAGGAAUACUUGAGGGGAAGACGGAGGGGUUUCGGGAUAAAUCCGGUACGUUAGCUGGGAAGAAAUUGGAUGGGCCGGAGAGGGUGGCGGAGGAGGAGGUUCUUCGCGGAGGAGUCGCGUUCUUCGGGAAUUAGAGGGGAGGGCGCAGAAAAAUCAAAUGGGGGCGUCUCUAAAAAGAGCGCCCAUCCCGGAAGCGGUUCUUUAUUCCGGUUUUCGCGCCCCCCCUGCAAGAUUGCUCCAAGUAACUCGAGGAGUCUGACUUGGCGUACGGCGUAGUUUAAGAGGCGAUCCCCGCGGUGGUGACCGGGUCGCGACUUCCUCGGAAUGUACACCUUGUCUACUGAUAAUAACGAUUACUAAGUUAGAGAAAUCUGGCAAGGUGUUAAGAAAUAAAUAAUUUAAUUGUUGAUUGUUGAUGAAAGAGGAAAAACAAGAGACGGCGAGAAAUCCUUGGACUGGCUCUUAAGUGUAGCUCGUAAGCGUUAGGCUGCCAAUUGGUAGCGGUGGUGCGGCUGAAGAUAUGCACGUAGAUGUUUCUAGCACAGAUUCUAGAUAACUCGAGCUUAAGUCGGUUUUAAAAUAUCUUGCACAGCUUCGACUCUAACUUCAAGGAACCAAAUGAUGAUGAGUGUUAGGAAGUUGGACAUUUAAUAGGACUUGAAAAGAAGGGCGUGACGAGUCGAGCGGGUGGACUGGAGAUUUUAGUGGUAGGAGAUUUAGGAUUGUUAUAAACUUUAUAUGGUUUAUCUUUAGACUCGACUUGUUGUUGGCUAGUUUGCUAACGAACAUUGGUAAUCAGCACCCAGGAUGAUCUAUCAUUGAUAAGUUCUCCAUCUUCUCCCAAGUUUCUUCAAUUCUAAGGGGAGCGAGUUGUGGGAUCGCCCAAUUGUUCGAGGGCUUUCUUAUCGGUAGUUUCCCUUUUUUGAGGGUUUACAAUCGCGGUAUCUCGUGUCAUUUAUUGUUUUUAAGGUUUGUUGUUAUAUCGUUAAUAUGAGUGGUUUGUGUCGCGACGUCCACGGGAGCGAACAGGACCAUCUUCAUCAAUUUUAAUUUAUAGUUUGCCAUUUUCCUUGAUCGACGUUCCGACUCUGCGCUAUCUUUUAGUCGACGCCAGGUUAAGAUAAACUUGAGUAUCCUUUUUUGAAUCCUGGUUUUUCCCGUUUUUAUGAUACGACUAUUGUUCCCGAUUGCGUCGGGACUCGUGCGUUUGAACAGGUAAGCCAGGGUUGUAAAUUAUAUAUCUGUUCUAAAUUUAAAAUCAUUUUAAGCACAAUCUUAAGAGGCUAAUACGGCCAUUUGACAUAAAAUAAAAAAUUGUAUAUGUACUUAUAAGACGAUAUAAUGGUUCCUGCACACUGGACGCGGAAACGCUUGCCGCGCGGCAAGCGUUUCCGCGUCCAAUGGGAAGGAGACAUAAAUGUAAGACGAAACUACAUGUAAAUAUCUUAACAUAUAAUUUUCCAUUAUUCUACGUAUAUUAACAUAUAACAUUCAAUGGACGUUUAUAAUGUAUUGAUAGAAUAUAUUUGUAAUAGAGUUGGGAUACAGUUCUAAUAGAGAUCUAUCUGGCUUCCAUGGCGGAAGUAAAAUCCUAUGGAGCUAUGGAGGUUCUAUGGAUUUUUAAUGGACGUCCAUUUGACUUCUAUGAUGGAAGUAAGAUUCCAUGAAACUAUAGAGGUUUCAUGGACUUCUAAUGGAGGUCUGUCUGAUUUCCACGAUAAAAGUAAAAUUCCAUGAUAAAAGUAAAAUGGAGCUAUGGAGGUUUCAUGGAUUUCUAAUGGACGUCUAUCUGACUUCCAUGAUGGAAGUAAAAUCUCAUAAAGCUAUGGAGGUCUCAUGGACUUCUAAUGCACGUCCAUCUGACUUCCAUGAUGAAAAUAAAAUUUCAUGGAGCUAUGAAGAUUAGAUGGAUGUUUAAUGGACGUCCAUCUGUCUUCUUUGAUGGAAGUAAAAUCCCAUGGAGCUAUGGAAAUUACAUGGAUGUCUAAUGGAAAUCUAUCUGACUUCCAUGAUGGAAGUAAAAUCCCAUGGAACUAUAGAGGCUUCUAAUGUUCGUCCAUCUGACUUCCAUCAUGGAAAUAGACCUCCUAUGGAGCUAUGGAAGGGCGAUGGACAUCCACUGGAGGUCAUUUUCUAUGUGGGUAAUUUCGACACUUUCCGUUCGGUAUUUGGUUCAAGUGUGUCUCCCAUCGGUCCCUUGUCUUUAGAUAGUUGCUUCAGAUCCUGUUCAUCUUCACUUUGCGCCAGAGUGAGCACAUUUGCUCCUGAUAUAUGAUUUUUUUUUAUGUUUUUGCUUUGUCAUUUUGGUCGUAUUUUUAAGAGUUAUAUCUCUCGAAACAAAUAUCCUGCGUCGCCGAUUUUCUUUACGACACGGCGGGGAAUUUUAUUAUCGGCGAAAGGGGAAAUCGUGGAGUCCGCUGAACGUAACAAUAACAAUACUAUAAUAAAUGUUAAACGGAACUGCUAUCUGAAAAUAAAGUAUAUAGAACACAAAGUAUCAAUUUUUAUAAUGAUAAUUUUUACAACCACAAAUAAAAACGUUUCGUAAAACUUAUCUGGAUAAAACUUCGAAAGAGCUAAAUCACUCUUGAUGACCUUGACCUUUACAUGUGUUACAGAGGCAUAAAUACUGAAUAACUUUGUCUUAUAAAUUAAUCGGCGGUCUUGUACAGUUUUUGAAAUAUACAUGUAUUUAGAGAAAAAAAAAACAAUUUUUCUUAAUUAUUCUAGAAAAUAUUCAUUUUACAAAGAAAAGAGUUAAACAAGAAAUUAAGCUCGUGAUAAGCUCUACAAGAAAGGUCAUAUACAUAUUUUACCUAAUUUCAAUACUUAAGUUGUUAUAGUAGAAAAACUGUUUUAAAAUAAGUAUAUACACACUUGUAGUAAAUGGCCACACAAAGCAAGGUCCACCCUACACUUCCAUGCCGCGGGAGCGAACAAGCACACGCGUGCGCGCGCGCACACACGCACACAAUGACGGACUUUUUACCUUAAAGUCAUCUUCAGUGUCUCUUAUUGUUACAAAUUUAAAUUAAUGACGAAUUACUAUUAUAUUAUCCCUAAUAUAAGCCGCUAAAUAAUUUUGACUGAAUAAAUUCACUUCAAAGUCAUAAUAAAUAAGAAAUCCGAUAAUUGAAAACGUAUUAUAAAAUGUGAAGGAUGCUAGCAACAUAUCCAAUCAAAUGUAUUAAAAGGCAACGAGCGUCGCAUACAGAAUUCAAUAAAAUUAAUAUUACAAUAAAUUAUGAACAAAGCAAUAAUCAGUAAUCAAAUUAAUUUUCAAAUGACAUCAACACUUGCUUAGUUAUAGUUACUUAUUAUGUCCAGGCUUGAGAAGAAAUAAUAUGUGAAGAGAGAAUGGAGGGAUGUAACAACUUUAGAACGUGCAGCUGUGGCACGAACGGAGCGCGUCGACAACCCGAGAUAUAUGGGUCAGUGGCCCACAGAUGCGGGCCCAACAACGAAUGUCCCUCGGUCCUGUUUUGAGACAAGAAAUUUAAUUGUUUUACCUCGGGAUCGGACCUAGUGCUUAGCUUAUUAGAGCGGGAGAUGGUAAAUUAGCUCGCGAAAUCAAUCAAAUUCUCUUAUAUUUAAAUCAUUGGUUUAUUAAAAAAAAAUAUAUUAAGAAUAAUAAUAUUCUAAAGUAGUUUGUUACAAGUUGCUUGUUUAGGAUUGUCGAGUAAGAGAUUAUAAUAAAUAUUUAUCUAUGUUAAUGUAAAACAUAGGGAACGGAAGCUUUAAUACUAAUAAUUAUUUAAUUAAUAAGGUAAGUUCAAUAACUUUGACAAUGAUUGGUAAUUGAUAAUUAUAUUUAUACCUAUCUACAUAUGUAUUUCUAUUAUAAUUUGGGUAACUUAAGAUGAAAAUGUAAGAACAUAAUAGAUUAUUACAGAUGAAAAUUAGUAAUUAAUUAAUAAUAAGAAAGGUUUAGAGAAGUUCGCAAAAACUUGUGAUAAAACGGUGAGGAUUAAUAAUUAUGCUCAUAUAUUUAUCUUUAUAUAUUUUCAUUUGUUAUAUUUUGUAAUUUUUGAUCCUUAGUUAUAGUUGUAUGACAAAUAAUGUUUAGGUAUGUGUGUAUGUGUUCGUAUCUACUGAGGGAAUUCGUAUUCACCUGCAAGAUCAAGAAUUUGGAAUUCAGGGGGAGACGGUGGAAGAAAAGUAGGGGUAUCGGGGAAAAUCCUGUACGUGAGAGCACUGGAGGAUGAGUCGGGGAGUCAGGAUGGUGUUCAGGGAAGGACGAGGAUCGUUCGACCGUUUAGUCACUGAUUGAACACUCAUCACCAUUUCGCAAAAUGAUGCAGAAAGAGGCAGUGGUCGUAAGGAAAGCCAUAAAGCAUUAUGGGAAAAAGCAAGUGCUCAACGGUCUGAAUAUGACAAUUUCUAGGGGUACCAUAUACGGACUAUUGGGGGCCAGCGGACGUGGAAAAACCACUAUGUUGUCCUGCAUCGUCGGAAUUCGAUAUUUCGACAGCGGAGAGUUAUGGGUUUUGGGAGGAACUCCGGGCAACAAGGACUCUGGCAUCCCCGGGCCUCGAGUGGGUUACAUGCCGCAAGAUAUCGGUUUGGUUAAAGAGUUCUCUGUGAGCAAUGCCUUCUAUUACUUUGGCAGGAUCAAUGGGCUCGAUGAUAAGGAAAUCGGCAAUCUCACCUUUUUCUCAAAAUUACUUCAAUUACCCCCGUUGAAUCACCUGGUGAAAAACAUGAGUGGUGGUGAGCAAAGACGGGUCUCUUUUGCCAGCGCGUUGAUACAUAAUCCUGAACUUCUAAUUCUGGAUGAACCCACUGUGGAUUUAGAUCCAAAUUUAAGGGAGGAUAUUUGGACUUACCUGAAGAAGCUCACGCAGGAAAAAGAUGUCACUGUGUUAAUAACUACACAUUAUAUCCAUGAAACAAAGGCUAAUAAAAUAGGUUUAAUGAGACAUGGUAAAUUGCUGGCGGAAUCGGCACCGCGUGAUUUGCUGACGCAAUUUCAAUGCGAGUCUUUAGAGAACGUUUUCUUGAAAUUGUGCAAAGAACAGAACACAGCGAAUGAAAGGUAUCGGAGAUUAUCGGAGGUCACCAGUAACAACGUGUUGUAUCAAGAUAGAUACAGGCCAACAGAAGGAAUUUCGGAGUGCAAACUAAAUUCAAAACGUUAUGUUUCGCGAUUAAAGAGGUUCAAAGCAUUACUAUCCAAAAAUGACAUUCAAUUUUUGCGUGAUUACCCAGGCUUAAUCCUCGCAAUUUGGAUUUCUAUAUUUCAAGCCAUCAUAUAUGUUAUGGUAUUUGGUGAGGACCCUAAAGGCAUCAAUAUUGGGAUUGUCAACAAAGAAGCUAGCAACUGCGAAUUUAACAGCAAUUUUAGCAAAGCUUGGAAUGACGGAAAGACUUGUCAUUUUGUUAACCUCAGCUGCAGAUUUGUACAUAGUUUUGAUGAUUCCAUAGCGAAAAAGGAAUAUGUUGACUUUUCUAAAGCAAAACUUGAUAUGAAGAAUAGAAAACUCUACGGUGCAAUAUAUUUUAAUCAAAACUUUUCCGAAAGUCUGCAAAAGCGAUUGGAAGAGGGUUUUUUUGCGAGCGAUUCCGUCCUUUAUGGUAGUCAAAUUCAAGUUUCCCUCGAUAUGAGUGAUACGUUAUUUAUACAUAUAUAUGGUGUAAUUGGGCCUAUUAUACAAAAAAAGUUACUCGACCAUUUUACGAAGUUUUUUGAAGACGUUAUGAGAGAUUGUGGAUAUUCGACAAAAUUGGCAAAUCUGCCCAUUAUAUUUGAAGAUCCUGUAUAUGGUAGGAAUGACUCCAAUUAUAAAGAUUUCACGAUACCGUAAUUUAUAUUAUCAUUCGCCUUCUUUCUGGCUAUAGCAGUAUCUAGCAAUUUGAUAAACUCAGAUCGAUUGGAAGGUAUAUGGGAUCGAAGCAUAGUCCAAGGUGUUAGGACAGAAGAAAUUCUACUAUCUCACAUUCUUAUCCAGAGUUUCAUCGUAGUUAUUCACACCAUUCUAUUAAUGCUCAUAUUUUUUGGAUGGCGUGUAGAUUGUAAGGGAUCAAUAUUCGUCGUAAUCCUCCUUGUAUUUCUCAACGGUUUUUGCGGAUUGAUGUGCCGUUUCGUUAUCUCUGUUUUAUGCAACCAUUACAUGAUGUCGGGUUUCUGUACGACCGGAAGUUUCGUCCUACUAUUAAUGUUAAAUGGAUUUUUUUGGCCGUUGGAAGGAAUGCCAAAAUUUCUUCGCUGGUUUAGCAACGCUGUGCCAAUUACUUUGUCCUCUACAUCCAUCAGAGCAAUCAUUUAUAAAGGCUCUUCUAUAAUUGAGUGGCAAAUUUUGAUUGGCUUUUUUACAAGUUUAGGAUGGAUACUUUGUCUUCUUCUGACUAUAUUAUAUUUGAGAUGGAAAGUCUCGUAA